UCUGAACUACAGUGACAUUGUAUUUGCAGCUGUUGGACGUGCAGAUGGUUUCCACACUGCUAGCUAGUCAUCUAGCUAGCCACUAACGACAGACUCGGGGGUGGUAGGGGCAAGUGGUGUUGGGACGAUGGCUUACAUAAUGGGGUUGCUCUCCGCUUCUACUGGACCCUUCAGGGUUGGGUUGAGGGCAUGGGGUACCAGAUAUUCCGUGAUGGCAGCCCGGACAUUUUUAAUGACGGGAUAUCGUGGCGCGGCUACAGGAGACUUUGCACUACAUCGAAUCAAGUAUUUGGGAUCACAUGAAAACGUGCGCUUGACUCAUCGUCUACUUUCCUCAAACAAGCCGCCGAAAGGGUUUGAAAAGUUUUUUCCAAAGAGUGAAAAUGCGCCUGGGGUCAACAAAUCAACUGGAGAGCCAAAAGAGGUGAAGGCUGAGUCGCGUGGCAAUGGAGGGGGGCCAGGUGGAGGAGGUGGAGGAGGAGGAGGAGGAGGAGGAGGAGGAGGAGGGAAGAAAGGUGGGAAGAAGGAGGAUGCAAACUGGUGGACACGACUGCAAAAGGGCGACCUUCCCUGGGAUGAGAAGGAUUUCCGGUACCUGGCAGUUGCAGCUGGGGGUCUGUUCUCUACGUUCAUGUACUUCUAUUUCAGAGACACUGGAAGAGAGAUCACCUGGAAGGACUUUGUACAUCACUACCUUGGUAGAGGACUGGUCGACCGCCUUGAAGUUGUCAACAAACAGUUUGUGCGAGUCAUUCCAGUGCGUGCAGCGAACACAUCAGAUGUGAGCUAUGUCUGGUUCAACAUCGGCAGCGUGGACACAUUUGAGCGGAAUCUGGAGGCUGCGCAGCAGGAGAUGGGCAUGGAGCCGUCUCACAGGGUGGCUGUGGUUUACAGCACUGAGAGUGAUGGGUCGUUCAUGAUGAGCAUGAUUCCUACCCUGCUACUGAUUGGCUUCUUGCUCUUCACACUGCGACGGGGACCAAUGGCAGGAGGAGGUGGUGGAAGAGGGGGCGGGCUCUUCAGCAUGAGUGAAUCCACAGCCAAAAUGAUGAAGGACAACAUUAGCGUCAAGUUCAAGGAUGUGGCUGGAUGUGAGGAGGCUAAGCUGGAGAUCCUGGAGUUUGUCAAUUUCCUGAAGAACCCCAAACAGUACCAGGACCUGGGUGCCAAAAUUCCCAAGGGAGCCGUGCUGUCGGGGCCCCCCGGGACAGGAAAAACUCUGCUGGCGAAGGCCACCGCUGGGGAGGCCAACGUGCCCUUCAUCACCGUCAACGGCUCCGAGUUCCUGGAAAUGUUUGUGGGCGUGGGACCUGCUCGGGUGAGGGACAUGUUUGCCAUGGCUCGGAAGAACGCUCCCUGCAUCCUCUUCAUCGACGAGAUCGAUGCGGUGGGCAGAAAGCGGGGCAGGGGCAACUUCGGGGGUCAGAGCGAGCAGGAGAACACCCUCAACCAGCUGCUGGUGGAGAUGGACGGGUUCAACACCAGCACUAAUGUGGUCGUCCUGGCUGGAACCAACCGGCCUGACAUCCUGGACCCAGCCCUGAUGAGGCCCGGCCGGUUUGACAGGCAGAUCUACAUAGGCCCUCCGGACAUCAAGGGCAGAGCCUCCAUCUUCAAGGUCCACCUGCGUCCCCUCAAGCUGCACGCCAGUGUCGACGGAGACGCGCUCGCCCGAAAACUGGCAGCCCUCACCCCUGGCUUCACCGGAGCGGAUAUCGCUAACGUCUGCAACGAGGCCGCGCUCAUCGCCGCCCGGCAUCUCAACGAGAGCAUUAACGGCAAGCACUUCGAGCAGGCCAUCGAGCGAGUCAUCGGAGGCUUGGAGAAGAAGACGCAGGUCCUCCAGCCCGCGGAGAAGAAGACGGUGGCGUACCACGAGGCCGGCCACGCCGUCACGGGCUGGUUCCUGGAGCACGCCGAUCCCCUGCUCAAGGUGUCCAUCAUUCCUCGGGGGAAGGGCCUGGGGUACGCGCAGUACCUGCCCAAGGAGCAGUACCUGUACAGCCGCGAGCAGCUCUUCGACCGCAUGUGCAUGAUGCUGGGGGGCCGGGUGGCCGAGCAGGUCUUCUUCGGCCGCAUCACCACGGGGGCCCAGGACGACCUGAAGAAGGUCACGCAGUCCGCCUACGCACAGAUCGUGCAGUUCGGGAUGAGCGACAAGGUGGGCCAGGUGUCCUUCGACCUGCCGAGGCAGGGCGAGAUGGUGAUGGAGAAGCCCUACAGCGAGGCCACGGCCCAGCUGAUCGACGAGGAGGUGCGCUCGCUCAUCAACCGUGCCUUCGAGAGGACGCUGGCGCUCGUGCUGGAGAAGAAGGACGUGGUGGAGCAGGUGGGGAAGAGGCUCCUGGAGAAGGAGGUCCUGGACAAGGCGGACAUGCUGGAGCUGCUGGGCCCGCGGCCCUUCGAGGAGAAGUCCACGUACGAGGACUUUGUGGAGGGCACCGGGAGCUUCGAGGAGGACACCAGCCUGCCGGAAGGCCUGAAAAACUGGAACGAGGAGGCGGGAGUCAGCCAGGAGGAGGCUCCCCGCACGCAGGAGAAGCAAGCACUGUAGAGGGGGGGGCGGGGUGUGUCAGAACGAGAGAGAGAGACGGUGGAACGUCGUCUUCCUGAACCAGGCCUGCGGAGGCGAGAGUUUGCCCUGCAAAUGGGACUGCAGCAGAGGUUUGGGUUUGAGAGCUCCCCACAACGCGGGAACAAGUGCAAGAGGGGACUUCUCUUUGUUUUCUCGUCCUUUGUGGUUAUUUAGCCGGAAAUAGUCCCUCCUCAUGACUGAAGUGAGCAUCAUUAAAACAGACGAAUGUUCUGCAUUGCCUUAACUUGGAGCUGCCUUGUUCUGGCAGUUCUGAGGUAUCGUGAGCAUCUGACUGUCCUGUACAAGAGCUUCGGCCCAGCAGUGCAUCGAGCAUAUUGGGAUGUUCCAGUUGUGUUUAGUUCCCCUUGUUGACAGCCCAAUGAACCUCUUCAGGAACGAAUUUACUGGCUUUUUGUGUCAUAGAGAUGGAUUUCUAGUGCCGUGUGGUGAUUUUAUUCCUAAAUCACACUUUCUUUUUUGCUGCUUUUAGCAAUGGAGUUUUUGUAUAAAAAGUGUAUAUAUUUAAAAUGGCCUGAAAGGAUGAAAUAUGACUGAUCCUUGUGACUGUUCUGAAAGACCAAUUAAAUUGUGGUACAUUUCAA